AAGUCGUUAAUUUACACAGAAGCACACGGGUAAAUAAAAGGAAUUGCUGCAAAAUGCUGCCUUUUUUCCUCAUCUUUGACUCCGUAGUCCCUAAUUCUUAAUUUUCUUCUUCUUCUUCUUCCUCGUCUUCGUACGCGCACACCACCAUCUUCUUCUUCUUCUUCAAAAGUGUUGGAUCUUCGAAGAUUAAAUUCUUAAUUCUGUUAAUUGAACGGGAAGGGGAGGAGGGGAGUUAGGUGGCGGUGUGGAUGGUAGUGCGCGGCGGAGGUGGAGUGGUGGCGUGAUAAUGAGUGGAGUUGAAUGGCGGUGGCGGUGGCGGUGGUUGUGCGGCGCUGACCGUUUCACAUGGAAUGGCAGAUCUUGUUAGCUACGGUAGUAAUGCCCACCGUGACUUCGACCUGGCAGUGAUAGCUCUAAAAAAGGGAGCUCAACUACUUAAGUAUGGUCGUAAGGGAAAGCCUAAGUUUUAUCCAUUUCGACUCUCUCACGACGAGACAUCAAUAAUUUGGAUUUCUAGUAGCGGUGAAAGAAGUUUGAAAUUAGCUUCGAUUUCAAGAAUAAUCCCUGGACAAAGAACUGCUGUUUUUCAACGCUAUCUGCGCCCCGAAAAGGAGUAUUUGUCCUUCUCUCUUAUAUAUAACAACGGCAAAAGAUCACUCGACCUGAUCUGCAAGAACAAAGUCGAGGCGGAAAUCUGGAUAGCUGGUCUUAGGGGAUUGAUAUCAUCAUCUGGACAAGCCGGGCGUUCUAAAAUUGAUGGAUGGAGUGACGGAGGACUCUAUUUCGACGACAAUAGAGAUUUGACAUCCAAUAGUCCAAGCAAUAGUUCCGUCAGUGCCACACGAGAAGUCACCUCGCCAGAGGUAUCAAUCAGUUCAAGCACAAUAGCUUCUCCAAAGAGCAACCGCUCCGAUACUUUGGCCUACUCCGAAAGGUCACAUGCAUCUUUAGACCAAACAAACAUGCACGCGAAGGGAUCUGGAUCAGAUGCUUUUCGCGUCAGCGUAUCGAGCGCGCCCAGCACGUCCAGUCACGGCUCCGCACCUGACGACUGCGACGCCUUGGGCGACGUGUACAUAUGGGGCGAAGUCAUAUGCGAGAGUGUCGUCGUCAAGGUGGGGCCCGAGAAGAACGCCAGCUCGGUCGAUACGAGGGCCGACGUUCUUCUUCCUAGGCUGUUGGAGUGCAACGUGGUCCUCGACGUGCACCACGUGGCGUGUGGGGUCCGCCACGCCGCACUGGUGACUAGGCAGGGCGAGGUGUUUAGUUGGGGCGAGGAGUCCGGCGGGCGGCUCGGCCACGGCGUAGGCAAGGACGUUAGCCAGCCCCGCCUCGUCGAGUCAUUGACUUUCACCGGGGUUGACUUUGUGGCGUGCGGCGAGUUUCACACGUGUGCGGUCACUAUGGCAGGGGAGCUCUACACUUGGGGGGACGGGACCCACUACGCGGGGCUAUUGGGCCAUGGCACCGACGUCAGUCACUGGAUACCCAAGAGAAUAGCGGGCCCGCUCGACGGGCUUCAAGUUGCCACAGUCACUUGUGGGCCGUGGCACACGGCCCUUAUAACUUCCACGGGCCAGCUCUUCACUUUCGGAGACGGGACCUUUGGCGUAUUGGGCCAUGGAAAUCGAGAAAAUGUUUCAUAUCCCAGGGAGGUGGAUUCUCUGAUGGGGUUGCGAACAAUUGCUGUCGCGUGUGGCGUGUGGCACACUGCUGCUGUGGUCGAAGUCAUCGUAACUCAAUCCAGUGCGAGUAUUUCUUCGGGGAAAUUGUUCACGUGGGGCGACGGCGACAAAAAUCGGCUCGGCCACGGCGACAAAGAACCGAGACUGAAGCCCACUUGCGUGUCUGCACUCAUCGAGUACAACUUCCACAAGAUCGCGUGCGGUCAUAGUUUGACCGUGGGGUUGACCACGUCGGGCCGGAUUUUCACUAUGGGAAGUACAGUCUACGGCCAGCUCGGAAAUCCUCACUCCGACGGGAAGCUGCCAUGCCUAGUGGACGACGGUCUCGCGAAGGAAUGCGUCGAAGAAAUCUCUUGCGGUGCCUAUCACGUGGCUGUAUUAACAUCGAGAAACGAGGUUUUCACGUGGGGUAAGGGGGCGAACGGGAGAUUGGGCCAUGGAGAUAUAGAAGACAGGAAAUCACCCACACUGGUCGAAUCCUUAAAGGACAGACACGUCAAAUUCAUUGCCUGCGGCUCGAAUUACACUUCCGCCAUAUGUCUUCAUAAAUGGGUUUCGGGCGCCGAACAGUCGCAGUGCUCGGCUUGUAGACAAGCUUUCGGGUUCACAAGAAAGAGACACAACUGCUACAACUGCGGCCUGGUCCACUGCCACGCGUGCAGCUCAAGAAAAGCACCACGCGCCGCGUUGGCACCCAGUCCGAGCAAGCCGUACCGUGUUUGUGAUUCUUGUUUCGCCAAACUGUCUAAAUUGGCGGAAGCUGGGGCCCACAACAGAAGAAACUCAGGCCUGCCUCGGCUUUCUGCCGAGAACAAGGACAGGUUGGAUAAGGCCGAUUUAAGGUUGGUCAAAUCCUCCGCAAUGCUGUCGAACUUCGAUUUGAUCAAGCAGUUGGAUAAUAAAGCGGCCAAACAAGGGAAGAAAGGCGACGCGUUUUCUUUAGGACGUUCGUCUCAAGUGUCACUGUUGCAGCUGAGGGAGGCUGUUGUGUCUACAGCUAUAGAUCUACGGCGGAAUGUUCCGAAGCCGGUUCUUACAGCCUCGGCUGUCAGCUCGAGGUCCGUUUCGCCCUUCUCGAGAAAACCCAGUCCUCCGCGAUCCGCAACCCCGGUUCCUACAACAUCUGGACUGUCGUUCUCCAAAAGUAUUAACGAUAGUUUGAAGAAGACGAAUGAGCUCUUGAAUCAGGAAGUGCACAAGUUGAGGGUGCAGGUUGAAAACCUUAAAAACCGAUGUGAAGUGCAAGACUCGGAGCUCCAGAAAUCGGCAAAGAAAACUCAGGACGCAUUGACAUUAGCUGCAGAGGAAUCUGCAAAGUGUAAAGCCGCAAAAGAAGUGAUCAAGUCGCUUACGGCACAGCUCAAAGACAUGGCCGAGAGAUUACCGCCGGGUGCUUACGACCCUGAAAGCCUGAAGCUAAUUUACAUGCCAAAUGGAUUUGAACCAAAACGGGAAACGGAUUCAAGAUCGGAUUCGGGUCCGUCGGAAUUGGUCGGAAGUGCUGCUGUAAGAAACGAGAGCACCUCCAAUGGAACAAACAAUGGCUUUGAUUCCAGACUUUCUAAUGGCGGUGCAAAUAAUUCUCAGUCUUACAGGACCACCUUGUCUGAGAAUCUCGAAAACAGAGAAUCUGGUCCUUCGCAUGAAGACGAAACGGAAUCGAACUCGAGAAACUCGGUUGUCCCGGUUAAUGCUGGACAAAUCGAAUCUGAGUGGAUCGAACAAUACGAACCGGGCGUGUAUAUAACACUCGUUGCCCUUCGUGGUGGAACUAGAGAUCUCAAACGCGUGCGAUUCAGCCGGAGAAGAUUUGGGGAACACCAAGCGGAGACGUGGUGGUCAGAGAAUCGAGAAAAAGUUUACGAGAAGUAUAAUGUGCGUGGAUCGGAUAAGUCAUCGGUUUCCGGUCAGGCUGCCCGGAGAUCCGAACGUGGAUUUUCACCUUCUUCUCAAGUUUAGGUAAAAGAAAAAACGAAAAAUAUACGGUAUUUGGAAAAAUCCUCCAUCUGAGCAUAAUGUGCAGUAGUUGUCAGAGCAAUUGGCAGAAACAUAAGACCCAUUUAUUUUUUUUUAUUUUUUUUUUUUUUUUUAUUUAUUAAAGAUUUAUCAUUUUUCCAGAUUUCAUCUACUGAGGGUGGAUUUUUAUUGUAAUCGUGUGUAUAUAUUACUUCUUAAAUAUUACUUAUUAUUACACUUGAUGUCGAAAAUUUGUGU